AUGGCUCUGGCGCCAUUCCCAGGCUGCUGGGACUCUGAGGAGUUCCAGUAUCCCAGUCUGGCAGCAAAGCCUCGGGUCUUCCGGCUCAUCAGACUUCUGCCGCCCGCGCGCUCAUUCUUCCCCAUCUGCUCCGACACCUUGCGCGUCGAGAUCAUCGAGGCCGACCUCGGCGCAGCGGUCCCCAUCGAGUAUGACACGCUUUCAUACAGCUGGGGUGUCGGUGCCAAGGCGCGGCCGGAUCGGCGGGUCAUCGUUGAGACAGCAGGUCAACAGAAGCGGGUGAUGUGGAUUCACAGACCGCUCGAAGCAGCGCUGCGCUCCAUCGUCGCGAAUCGCGUGACGGACCGCCCCAUAUUCGUCGACCAGAUAUGUAUCAAUCAGUCCGACGGAGACGAGAAGGCGGUCCAGGUUCACUUGAUGGGGGAGAUCUACUCACGGGGCCAGCGCGUGGUGGUCUGGCUGGGCCCGUCCACCGCCCUCUCCGAUCUCUUCUUCGACAUGGCCAGGGAGAUGAACGAGGAAGGUGUCAUGAGUCGGCUGAUAGGUCCCAACAAAGGCCACUUUAUGGAGAUAUAUGACGCCGUGCUGGAUCCCGAUCCCAGCAUCGAGUUGACGGGCGUGAAGAAAGAGGAUAGGGACGACCUUCUGGCGUUGAUCGCCAAGUUCGAGCGCCGCUUCUCGCAAGAGGCCAUGAUCCACGUCCUCGAAAGAUCAUGGUUCAACCGUCUUUGGGUCAUCCAGGAAGCUUGCCUUGCACCCAACGUGACCUUCCUGUGUGGCUCUAGGAUACUGUGUUUCGAGUGUCUUCGCAGCUCAUGCGCAUUUUUCACAUUCUACAACGGCAACUGGAUUCGCACGCAAAGGGGAACAGUCUCACAGCACGAGGUCAACCGUGCAAACCUCGUCUUUAAGCUGCUGCAGAGGUUCAACCGCAUCUUCCAUGAGCGAAAGGCCAUCCAUGAGCUCGGCCAGAAGCAGACUUACUACGACAUCAUGCUCAAGUACAACGUCAACGUCGACAGCGACAAGAUCAACUGCACCAAGGCGGAAGACCGCUUGUUCGGAGUGUUGGGGCUGGCGGCUGACGAAGAAGUCUACAACACUGUCGCGGUGCGGUAUGAUGAUAACGAUGGCGACACGAGCCACAGCAAUGGCGUGUUCACCGAUUUUGCUUCGCUGGCGGUGUGUCAGAACCUGGACUUUUUGUCGCUUUCUCAAUUCCCGAAGAGUCGGGAUGGGCUGCCUACGUGGGUACCGGACUGGUCGACCGACUUGAGCAUGUCUCGCGGUUAUCUCAAUCUCAAGAAGCCCGUAUACUCAGCGGGAGGGCCGAUGCCUACCAUUCUACCACUUGUCGAUCGAGAAAGAAGGCAGCUAUCUGUAUCUGGCCUUGUCAUCGGCAAGAUAAUGCAAAUCGGAAGCACGACUAUCUUGCAAGACUUUGAAAGGCCGUACUUCGACAAUGUCCAGUAUCAGUCUCUCAAAAGGUUCUACUCUGAAGCAGAUGAUAUGCUGCUCCGAGCAAGCAACAUACCGAGCUGCCCAUUCCCGUACGCAACAGAUCAUAGGUUGCGCCGACUGGCAGCUAUUCGACUUGCCGAUUUUGACUUGACGGCGAAGGACAUGGCCACACGGUAUGGGUACGACAGCACCACGGCGUAUGAGAAUCUCGAAGGAGCUUAUGAGCAAGCCUCCACACUGGGACAAAGACUCAUUACUUCCGAUGAAUUCCUCCGAGAUCAUUCCCUCUCGAAUAUCUUUCGAAACAUCAACUCUUGGGCCCACGCUAGCGAAACGGAUGUCCUUCACCUAUGCGCUACCGACCCCGUGACCGGUUCCAUGCGAUGGUUGAGAGGGUGCUAUGAAUUCGCUCGGGAGAUGGUCAUAUUGUUCUUCAGCUCAGCCAGAGUAUCCUUGACGGCCAAGUGGCUGUAUCUCAAGAGACGAUAUGGCGGACUGCGAUUCCACCCACCAAAUCGGGAGGAGGUCCUCGAGCGCACGGGACUUAAUCCGGACCGCGCCGUUGCUAGACACUUGUCAGACUACCUGGACUUUGUGUUCCGGAACCGCGACCGCCAUCUAUUCAUCACUGAGGGAGGCUACGUCGGUGUAGGUCCCGCAAGCAUUCAAAAAGGCGACGUCGCGGUCGUCCUGUUUGGUGCGACGGUCCCGCAUAUUCUGUCACCCCGAGUCCUCCCUGACGACUCGAUGGAGGAUACUGUAUGGGCGUAUCUGGGCGAGGCCUAUUGCGAUGGGGUGAUGGAGGGCCAAUUUCUACAGGGAGUGAAAGAGCCUGAGACUUUCAAGAUUGUGUAG